AUGACUGAAUCGAUGAGUAAAUGUACAUUUACAGAAAGAAGUGGAGAAACGUUUGAAGACUAUACAGCUGUAACAGACUGGGAAGUUUUCACACAAGAACUGGAAAAUCUUCUAAUCAGUUGGGUAAUAAAGGAUGACAUUGUAUCUUUUACAGAUUGUGGACGUCUUUACUUUUGUGGAAAGCUGAAAUUCAGUAAAAGAGUAUUCAGUCUGUUUUACUACAAAUAUAAGGAAUCUGGAAAAGAGGAUAAGAAAUCAACCAGUUCAGUUCAACCUAAUGAUACACGAACAUCUGCUCACCUUAUCACUCGAGUCCCGGAUUUCAGCCAACGAUAUCUACUUCCAUUGUUUUGGUAA